CUGCCCGACGACCUCAUGCUGGAUGCUCUCACUCGUCUCGGUGACACACAGUUAAAGAAAAUGACAGAAACGCGUCUUCUUUCGACUUACGUGAUCCCAGUUUUUGAUCCUCCAUCGCCGUCUCCUGCCUCCUCUUCUUGGUCUCGUGCAGUGGCUCGCACUAUGCUGAAUCUUAUUCAGUUCGGUGGCCUGAAUUACGACCGUCUUUACACUCGUCUCUACCGCUUACUCGACGACAGUCUCCUCUCUUGCCCUUAUGCUGAUCGGUUUUUGAUUGACCUGGAUGUCUACCUCAGUUCCUUACACCUUCCUGCUGCCACAGUUGCAGCCUUUACUAAACGUUUGGCUCAACUUAGCAUUGAGGCGCCCCUCUGGAUGCUUCCAGCCCUACUUACCCUACCACUCACGGGUGACCCUUUUGACUGGAAAGCUGAUGAUUUCAACAUGACUGGAGCUUUGAAAAGCAGUUUGUGGGAGAUUGCAUGCUUGGAGCAGCAUUAUCAUCCGGAAGUAGUCACCCUAGCGAAACGAAUCCGUCAACUUGGUGGCUGCACGCCAGACUUUUUACCAGACCUCAAAAACCAAAUCCUCAUGGGUAAAGAGAUUUCUGAAACAGCUAAACUAUUUGCGGGACGGAGCCUUUCGAUUCUUCUGGCAACAAAUGCACGACUUCCUCCCCUGCCUACACUCGAUGGUUGGAUUGAUAGUAGUCAUGUUGAUGACACUAAGACACAAUAA